GAGUGAGUGAGUGUGUGUGAGCGCGCGCGCGUGUGUGUGUGUGAGCGUGUGUGAGCGCGCUCUCUCUGCUCUUUGGCACUGGCAUGGAUGGUGGCACAGCGGGCACGGACCCUCGAGCCGCCCGGCCCGGAGACUCUAAGCGGCGCAGUAAGAGCAGCCUCCCGUCUCCCGGUUACCGGCUCUCACAGGCGUCUCUGGAGGGCGAUCGCCGGCUCUCCAUCAUGAGCUCCACGCGGGACAACGGCCCGUUCCGCCCGGGCACCCCGACCACUCCUCUCCCGCACACCGUGACGCGCUCCGUUGGUUUCGCCGCGUCCCGAGCCGUUCUGGCGUCCUCCUCUUCCUCCACCGGCACCGGGACGGUCGUGGUGGCCGCCGCUGGGCCCGAGACCGGCACCGGCAGCCCGGAGGGCCCGUGUCUGGACGGCGAGGACUACAGCUACUCGAACCAGUCCACGUUCAUCCAGAGGCAGUUCGGCGCGAUGCUGCAGCCCGGGGUCAACAAGUUCUCGCUCCGCAUGUUCGGGAGCCACAAGGCCGUCGCGCUGGAGCAGGAGAGGCUCAAAUCAGCCGGAGUCUGGAUCAUACACCCCUACAGCGACUUCAGGUUCUACUGGGAUCUCCUCAUGCUGAUGCUGAUGGUGGGAAACCUCAUCAUCCUCCCGGUGGGAAUCACCUUCUUCAAGGACGAGAACACGCCUCCGUGGAUCAUCUUCAACGUGGUGUCGGACACACUGUUCCUGGUGGACCUGGUGCUGAACUUCCGAACCGGGAUCGUGAAAGAGGACAGUACGGAGAUCCUGCUGGACCCGAAGGCCAUCCGCCAGCGCUACCUGAAGAGCUGGUUCCUCGUGGACUUCGUGUCGUCCAUCCCGGUGGAUUAUAUCUUCCUGAUGGUGGACCUGGAAGCUCGACUGGACUCCGAGGUGUACCGGACGGCUCGAGCGCUGAGGAUCGUUCGAUUCACCAAGAUCUUGAGUCUUCUGCGUUUGCUGCGUUUGUCCCGUCUCAUCCGCUACAUACACCAGUGGGAGGAGAUCUUCCACAUGACCUAUGACCUGGCGAGUGCGAUGGUGCGUAUCGUGAACCUGAUCGGCAUGAUGCUGCUGCUGUGUCACUGGGACGGCUGUCUGCAGUUCCUGGUGCCGAUGCUGCAGGACUUCCCUCUCGACUGCUGGGUCUCCAAGAACAACAUGGUGAACGACACGUGGGGUAUCCAGUACUCGUACGCGCUCUUCAAGGCCAUGAGUCACAUGCUGUGCAUCGGCUACGGCGCGCAGGCUCCCGAGGGCAUGACGGACGUCUGGCUCACCAUGCUCAGCAUGAUCGUGGGCGCCACGUGUUACGCCAUGUUCAUCGGCCACGCCACGGCGCUCAUCCAGUCGCUGGACUCGUCCCGCAGGCAGUACCAGGAGAAGUAUAAGCAGGUGGAGCAGUACAUGUCUUUCCAUAAGCUUCCAUCAGAUGUCAGGCAGAAGAUCCACGAGUAUUACGAACACCGAUACCAGGGCAAGAUGUUUGAUGAGGACAACAUUCUGGGAGAGCUGAGCGACCCCUUAAAGGAGGAAAUUGUUAGCUUCAACUGCCGUAGCUUGGUGGCUAACAUGCCUCUCUUCGCUAACGCUGACCCAAACUUCGUGACGGCAGUGCUCACAAAGCUGAAGUUUGAGGUCUUCCAGCCCAAUGACUUCAUCAUUCGGGAGGGAACCGUUGGCCGUAAAAUGUAUUUUAUCCAGCACGGGCGGGUCAGCGUGCUAACUCGCGGAAACAGGGAGACCAAGCUUAGCGACGGGUCGUACUUCGGAGAGAUCUGUCUGUUGACUCGUGGCAGGAGGACAGCUAGUGUUCGAGCGGAUACGUACUGUCGACUUUACUCCCUCAGUGUGGGCAGUUUCAACGAGGUUCUGGAAGAGCAUCCCAUGAUGAGACGGGCCUUCGAGACGGUGGCAGCGGACAGACUUGAUCGCAUCGGCAAGAAGAACUCCAUUUUGUUGCGCAAGACCUCACAGGGAGGAUCUGUUGCGGGCAGCAGUUUGGGACGGGGCGGAGGCAGCCGCGGUGGAGGAGCAGGAGGCGCCGGUCUGGGAUCUUGUGAUAGUGUUCUGGUCCAGCAGAUCGUGAAGCACGACAGCAUGCCCACCAUGCAGGACAUCACGGCUGCGAGCAACCGAAGCAGCACCGGAGGCACAGUCUCACCCCGACCUCAUCCGCUGAUCUGGGCACCGCUGGUCCACGCUCCCCUCCAGACGGCUGCUGCCACCACCAACGUGGCCAUCGCCUUGAUGCAUCAGCAACAGCAGCAGCAACAGCUGCAACAACAGCUUCAACAACAACAUGCCCUCGGAGCCGCCAUCUUCCUCCCCAUCUCGCCGUCGCCCUCGUCAUGCCCUCUCUCCCCUCCCCGUCCACCCAUUCUUCUCCCUCGGCAGUCGCUCAGCUCCCUCAUGGGUGUGAUGGGCACACUGCCCCCGCGUGGAGUCCCGUCCUCGAUAGCUCCUUCACCCUCGCCCUCCACCGCUGGGGCUCCUUCAGUUGGAAAAACUCCCACAUCUGCGUCGUCAGUGUCCACUCCCCUACAGGCUAGCAGAACUCUUCAUUACAGCCUCCGGCUCCAACCCGAGCCCACAACGCCGUCUGUCCAUAAAGUCCCGACUCCCUCAGUGGUUGCAGCGCCCUCUACCGAAGGACGUGGCGCCGGAUCUGGGCCACAGGGGGCUAAAGAGGCUUUACUACGCCAUGUUGGAGGGGGGAGCACCCAAGGGCUCCCAAUGAUCGGUCGGCUCACCCAAGAGGCAAGACUGCUCUCCGCCUCCCAGCCGACUCUUCCCCACCGCAGCUGGGUGGGCGUUCAGCCUCUCCCACCUCUCCAUCGGAAAGCAUCCGGAGGAAACCUGCUGCCGGGACCCUUCCUUGUGUCAUCAGGACUCGCUAGAGUCGGAAGCGCGGGUGUUUUGAGCUCAAAUGCGCCACAGCACGGUGCCACACAGAUGCCUGCACACACACCCCUACUCUUGCCCUCUCAGCUGACACACACACCUCCACUCACACCCGGAUCCGCUCCGCCACCCCUCGCCUCCCUCUCGUCCUCCCCAAAGCAAAUCCCUCUUUGCUCCACCAACCCUCCUCUAUCUCUAAUGGCCGCAUAUUCUGGUUUAGGUGUUCCCCAAACCCAGCGAGUCAAGCCCGGCACUGCAAUAUCGACUUCUCCUUCAACCUCUCCUCCCCCUUGCCUACGCCCUGCUUCUCCAUCUCUAUCCAUCUCCACCUCUCCAACUUCAUCUUCCGGCACCUCUUUGGCCCAGACUUUGCGUGUCAAACCGUUAUCCUGCACAACCAACUCCACUCCCACCGUCACUCCUUCCCAAACCCCCACCCCAACUCCUAUUCAGACCCCCACCCAAUCUAGAACACCAGUGGCCAUCCAAUCCCAAUCCCAGAGUCGGUGUCCGACUCCCAUCCACACUCUAGCCGCGGCACAAUCUCCAACCUCAACCUGCAUUCAGUGUCCGCUUCCACCCAAACUCCAGGCAAACCUCUGAGUUCAACCCUGAGCCAA